CUCCCCCUUUCCGCCAUCGCCUCCCUGUUUGUCGCUCUGCUAAAGAUGGCGUCCGUGCUAUGCCAAGAUUAUUGCGUUUGCUUGAUUAUAUAAAUGUCGAAUGGAGGAAGGUUGAGUUCAUGAAAAUGCGCUGUCAUGUUUAGGAAGAGGAUUAAAUACAUGUAUGUGGUGAAAGAUUGUAGCCAUAUUUCCAGCUAAACGUUGGUGAGACAUACUUUCUUUCGCAGGCCUGACAUAAUUCGGAGAGCGGUCGAAUGGUUAAAAAACUACAACUCCCAGCAGCACUGCUUAGAGGCGUUGCCAGGUUGUAACUUUUUCCGUUUCUAAUCAUGGUGACUGUAGUUUUUUGCAGGCUCAGUCCCUUCUUGACAUGGACUUAAACGUUAUUAUUUACUUUUUUUAAUUGAUUGGUAAACUGUAGAUAAUAUUUUAUGGACGUUUAUGUUACUCUUAAAAGCGUUUUUGGGAACGUCCACCAAAACCCCUCCUUUGCUCCAGUUCUCCCUGUCACAUACUAAGUGUGGUAGGGGAUAGGACUACGUAGUUGUCAUGGCCACACAUGGUCAUUUAAAGAGCUCUAAAGGCAACAUCAAAGAAGGGUCCUCUGCCCUCCCAGAGUCUUCUUUGACCUGGUGUAUAUCACAGUUGUCCAAAGUAUCACAUUUAGUAAACAAUCAGAGCAAUGUUUCACAAGAGGCAGAACCCAAAAAUGGGGAAGGUAUGGAUAAGACCAGAGACAUUCAGAAAAAGCUUCAAGCCAGCCAGUGGCGAGCACUGGUGGCUAUCCGGACCCAACACAUCAAAGGGGGGAACAGCAGAAUAAACAGGUAUAGAACACAGGGGGGUCUCCCACCUCUCCUGGGACUCCUUAAAAGACCUGACAGCUCCAGGAAGACCCUAGACCUGGCCCUCAGUAUCCUGGCCAACUGCUGCACUGAGAGGGAUGCACGAACAGAGGUCAGAAAGCUGGAAGGAAUAGCAGUUAUAGUGGACGUUCUGAUGAGAAAUGUUGCCGUGGAGACAGUGGAGAACCGAGCCGCUCGGGCCUUAGGGAACCUUGCUAUGGAUCCUCAGGGCUCCGCUCUGGUUCAUUCUGCUGGUGGAAUCCCUCCACUCCUCCUCUGCCUCUCUCUUUCUGCCUCUUCCUCCUCCUCUCCCAACCCCUCUGCCCCAUCCUCCCCUUCCUCUGUCUCUUUGUCCUCCCUCCCAUCUUCUGCCAAGCUGGAGUGCGCCCAGUCAGCUGUCCGCGCUCUCCUCUACCUGGCAGACACCCCUGCCAACCGCCUCUCGCUGCUCUCCCAGGGGGCUCUGUCUUCCUUGGCCCUGCUCAUGUCCCCAGAGAUUCCGCUGGGUCUCAGGCGGACCUCCCUCCGCGCUGUCCAUGAGCUCACCAGGGGCUGUAGUGCCGAGUGUGCCCGGGAGGUGUCCAGGUCUGGGGCACUUGCUCAGCUGGGGGCCCUGGUCUCAGAGGAAGCAGCCAAGCCCCUGGAGGAGCUGGCCCUGAAGACCUUGGCCAACCUCUGCUCUCAAGGCUGCUUGCGACCACUUGUGGGCUCACUAGGGGCCAUUCAGAAGUUUUCAGAGGAGGUGAAGAAGGACCCCUCAAAGGCAGGAGUUUUCCUCAGGGCACUCUGCUUGUGUUGCAAGGAGGCAGUGAACCGGGUCAAAGUCAAGGAGAGUGGAGGGUUGCCGGUUCUGAUUGGCUUCCUGUCUGCCCAUCAGCACCAUCCACUCACACGACUGGCCAUCCUGGCCUGUGUGGAUUUCGUCUAUGAUGAAUCAGCUUUGGAGCAGCUGCAAGAUCUUGGACUUAUACCACUGCUGGUGGCUCGGUUGGUUGAGUAUGCCAAAGGAGAGGAGCCAGUGGCCAAGUCAGAUUCCAGCCCCUCUUCAACUAGUGAUUUGAUGUCUCCCUCAUGUUUUGAAUCCUUUGACUUUCCACACCUUGAUGGGAACAGAAAGGAUGAUGUUGGGAAGGAGCAGGGCGUGGGUUCCUCUAGCUUUCUCAGCCUGAGGUCCUGGCUGGUGUCUGAAGGUCUGAUAUCCUCUGAGGGAGAGCUUCUGGAGUCUCCCACUGGUGUAGAGAGUGACUGUGGGAGUUCACACGCCUCUUCAUCAUCAGUGGCAACUUCACCCGUUACACCAAUCGCGGAUGCUGGCCUGUCUCUGACGUGUCUCUCACCGACCUCAUCACUUCCUCAGUCCAGUGUCUCAGGUUCACCCAAGCCGGGUCUUCUGUCACCACCGAGCCAGCCUGCUCCGCAUUCCUCACAGAGAAACCUGCCUAUGUCUCCCUCCAACCCUCAAAGCCCACCUCUGUGCACUGUCCCCAAACCCACCAGUCCCUCCAAGGUGUGCUCCCCUCCCAAGAAAAGGCCCAGAGUUUCAUCAUCAUCAUCGUCCUCCUCCCACUCGUCCCCCUCUUCUUCCUCCUCCUCCUCCUCCUGUUCCAGUGUGGUCUCCCUGGAUGUCCCACCAAUGUUGUCCAGAACCCCAGCCUACCACCACCCCUACCACCCCGAGCCGUGGGCCCCGGAGUCUCCCAUCCUGCUGUUGCUCUCUCGCUUCUCACACGCCUCUGAUCCAAGCACAUCGCUGGUCAAUGCAGGCGUUCUCUCUGGCCUCCUCUACUACCUCACCCGGCACAAGGACCCCAGCGGCCGCUGCUUCCGCAUGUUGAGCCGCCUCAGUUGCAACCCUAACUGCCUGCAGGCCCUGCUGCGCACCGGAGCUGUAGCUUUGAUUCGCCAGGACCUCUGUCUUAGGGGUGGCAGCGCUCGAGUGGCGCGAGGCCAGGAGAGGCAGACAGACCGGGUGAAGGCUAAAGUCAGACAACUAGGUCUCGGCUUGCUUAGCAACUUGCGCGUUCAGUGUGAAGCAGGCUUCGGCACAGGAGUUAUGUCCCAUGUCAUGCUGUCUGGUAUAGAAGUGGACCGACUGUUCGGCGCUCUUUCUUUACCUCUUAUUUGCAGUAACAAAGUCCUUUUGAAGAAGCUCCUGCUCGACAACAAAGGUCUAAUGCACGCACUGGAACCCCUUUGUUGUCAGGAUGACAGCAAUGAGGACAACAAUCAUCCGGAGAAAUGCAAAACCCUCCUGUCCUGUUGGCUCUGUCCACCUCAGGUAGUGACCUCAUCUCGACUCCACUCCCUGUAUUCCUCUCUCCUGAUUGGCUGCCUCUCCAAUCUGCUGGUACAUUCCAAGGCAGUGCUGGACCAAAAGAAAUGUAGUGUGGAGCCACAGGUCACCUUACAAACCCCUAUAAGUCCCAGCACGACUCUUACUCCUCUGAAGGACACAGGAAAUGAUUUGCCCCCGUCGCCAAAAAAGCCGUGCCUCUCCAGCAGCUGUUCUUACAGCGACUCCACUCAUGACAUCUUCCUUCAGCUUGAUGAUGGCAGCCAGGUCCCUGCCUGUCGGGGGGCUUUGGCAGGUGGUGAGGGAGAGUUGGGUGAUGGGGGCUCUGAGUACUUCAGAGCUCUGCUGACCGGAGGGUUCGGUGAAGCUCAGGGCAAAGAGGGGAAGGCCAUUCAUAUCAGGGAUGUCAGGUAUGGAAUGCUGAUGCCUGUGCUGCACUACCUGCAUGGCUGUCGUUUGUCAAAUGGAGAAAGAGGACGAAAACAAGAGGAGAACACGGAUGAGGGAGGUGGAGGUUGUUGCCGUUUCCUAGAGUCUAUGACUCUAAAGUACUGGGACUCCCCAGAUUUCCAGAAGACUGCUUUGGCUGAGGGGAUGGUCGGGGCAUGCCGUUUUUUGGUGACCGGCUUACAGAGAGCCACAGAGGACCUAUGUGUGACCUUGCUCCACUCCUUAGCCACUACACCAGCAUCAUUGUCUUUACCUCAGAGGUCACCCAAACCUGUUUUACCAGAAGAUGUUGGCAGGAAGACUACAACCCACAGAAUGUACCGGGAAGGAAUGCCCAAGCCACUGCAGUCUAACAAAGUUGUAAAGACCCCUUUGCAAUCAGGACCACCCCCAAAGUCAACCCCCAAGACUGCCAAACCAAACCCUAAGGUAGGGAGCAGCCAGGAUGUGGAGGAGGUUCCCCAAACACCCCGGAAGUGCCCGCAAGACAUCCUGGCAUCAUCCACAAACAAGACCUCAGACAGCAAGUGCACGCUGGUGCCUCUACUGCCCCAGCUGUAUUGGUUCUCCCAGCGCUACAACUACCCCAGACUGGGUCGGGCGUGCCUGUCCAUACUGCUGCGUCCACACGGAGUGGCUCGCAAUGCGCCUGCAGCCUCCCUUCCACCAGCACAGGCGGCGGACUGCCUGCUGCAGCUGGCCAAGGAUGCAGAUUGCCAGGAGAGCUUGAAACAGGAUCUACUGGGACUGGCAGCUGCAGCUCUUAGCUGAGGGGAUGGAAGGGUUGUAUGUAGCAGGAAAGGGCAACGCAGGGUCGAGGAGAAAUUAAAUGAAAGUGGCUUUCCCCCCCUCUGUCACUGAUCCUUCUUUUGUUGUAUGAUGUCUCGAUAUCAUAACUCAUUCAUUGCCAUGACAAUGUCCUUGUUUACCUUUUUCUUGCCAUUUCCAAAAUAUUUUUGUUUUUGUACAUUUUCAUUUUCUAAAAGUUUUGGGCAGAGCAUUCUCUUAAUCGUCAUAGUGUCAACACGCCACUGUAAUAUACCAUAGGUGUUGCCACAGAAGCUAGGAAGCUCUUUCUGCCACAUUUAAUUUUGAAAAGGCUUAAGUCUGUGCUUAUGAAGUGUCAAUAUGUAUAACAAUCAGUACAACAGGGACGCCUUUGUGUUUACUUUAUAUUUUUGUAUCCCUAAUUUUGUAAGUAAUUUUUGUAAAUAUGUAAAACAAGUGUCAAGACUUUGCCAAGAUAAGCAUUGAUCCGAGGAGCCAAGUUUGAGUGAUAGGUGUCUGGUAAAUCUGCUUCCCUCUGUUGUAGGGACUUCUUUUGUUAGUCUGAGUCGUAGAAAAGUGUCGUAGAAAAGUGGUAUUUUUCCAUCUUAAACAGGAACACAUGUAUGAUCUACCAGCCAUCCUCUCCUUCUAACCAAGUCAGAAAUGUAUAUACUGUAAAUGCAAAACUUAUAGAGAACAAAGAUGUAUAAUGACAUGACGCUUCUUUACGAUGAUAAAUCUUAAUAAACCAGACACCAAGAUGUCA